AUGGAUUUCGACUUCAACGAGGCUCGACCUUUGCCAUUCUUGAGUGCUCCAUCUACACCGAAACGGUUUGGGGAUUACACCUUGAGCGCCCCAACAAGUCCUUCACGAGCUGCCGAUUUUUAUAGUUAUUUCGACAGCUUGAUUGAUAGCAAUGAAGAAGGAACUGGGGUUCCUUUUCAUUGGGAAGACAGGCCUGGCACACCUAAAUCACCACGGGCAAACUUCAACACUAAUGGUGAAGAUGAUUUUGCUUUUGAUUUCAGUGCCGAAUUAGAAAACAAGUCACUCUCAGCAGAUGAACUUUUUGAUGAAGGCAAAAUCCGGUCCCUGAAGCUUCCUCCUAGAUUACAAGUCGAUGAUUCAACCCAGAGAAGCCCACUCUCCUCACCAAGAUCUCCAAUACAUAAAGGGAAAAAGAUGAUACGUGAAGCUUUUUCGCCGAGAAAAAAGAAAGAUUCAGAUCCAUUUGCAACUGCAGUUGAAAACACCCGCAAGAGAACAGAUAAAAAUGAAAGAGGGAGGGAGAGGGAGAGAGGUUCAGGGUUAACAUCCAGUUCAAGCCGUAGAGCAUCAAGAUCUCUGUCUCCAUAUAGAGUAUCUGAAUAUCCAUGGGAACAAGAUAAACAGCUACAGAAAUUCACCAACCAAUCAGCACCCAAUCCAAAAGCUUCAGUACCAUCUAAUUCUUCUUCUUCAAAGAGUUCUUCAAAGAAGUGGAGGCUGAGAGAUUUUUUCUUAUUUAGAAGUGCAUCUGAAGGACAUGCGCAUGAUAAGGAUUAUCUCAGAAAGUACUCAGGUUCAUUCAAAAAACAUGAAGAUGGCAAAGAUCCGAGUUUCCGGUCCACAGACAGUUCAGGUUCGGUGUCUUCAAAGAGGAAAGUACCAGUGUCAGCACAUGAGUUACAUUACACAGUGAAUAAAGCUGUAUCGGAGAAUAUGAAGAAGAAAACUUUCUUGCCCUACAAACAAGGCAUUUUUGGGAGAUUGGCUUUCAAUCCAGCUGCUCAUGCUCUUGCCAAUGGCUUUGGAAAUAUUACGCGUUAA